CUGGACUAAUACCAUGACCCGUUGACUAGAUCUAGGGCGAGUGUUGAUACGAUGUGUGUUGUGUGUAGACUGGCUAGUGUUGAUACGAUAUGUGUUGUGUGUACACUGGCUAGUGUUGAUAAUUUUUGCUCGUAGUCUUUUGUUGGACCACAGAAACACACUGUUUAAAAAAUGCAACGUAAACAUGACAUUCAAAGGAAGGAUUUCUACCAGUCACGUUCCUCUGGCAACAAGAAAGUCUCUGAGAGUUCUAGACCCGAAGAAAGAUGGGUCAUAGCUAGAAAUUCUUUGCUGACUGCCUUCGGCUUGGCCUCAACCUACUACGUCCUCUACUUUAUGUAUCCGGUUCCGGUGCCACCGCUUUCAACUCCCGCAGACAGGAUGGUCUUCACGCUUCGGCUCCAGAGCCUCUCCUGCAUUACCUUGAUCUGCGGGAUCCUCUACGUGGCCUUGACCCGCUUGCACACGACCGCCAUUGACCCCAUCGAAGGUCACGGAGAGCACCACGUGGCCCUAGGGGUCCGUUACCUGACCAACACCAUGGAGCAGCUGUUUGUGAGUAUGGUUGGCCAGCUGGUCCUGUCCACUUACCUGACCGAGGCUCAGAUGAAGGUUAUUCCCAUCCUGGUGCUUUUCUUCGUGUUUGGGCGUGUAGCCUUUUUCUUUGGCUACAGAAGGUCAUACCUCCAUAGGAGCGUUGGCUUCGUGUCAACUUUUAUACCCAGCAUAAUCAUGUGGUUAGUCAUUAUUGGACACAUCCUAUCAGACUUGAUGCCUUAGUUUAAUAAGACAUUGAUUCUGCAUUGGGUAUACAGCUUUAAAGGAAGACAACUUCUUCAAUUAUCCAUGUCUAAGUGUCACGUAACAUAAAGCAGCUGUUACACUAAGUUUAUUUUUAGAUGUAUAUUUUGCAGCGCAAGGUCAUGGUUGUAUGUUGUUGACAAGUUUAUUUAAAAAGUUGAAGUUUUUUUCCAUAAGCUUUAAAAAUAGCUUGGAUGAUGCUAGAAAGAGACAAGUGGUAGUAUUUAAAGACUUGCAGAUUCAGUUUAGCUAAAGAUCGAGAAUAGAGUAAAUGAAUUUAAAUUGAAUUGUAUUGUUCAUUUGCGAAUUGUGUAUAUUAUUAAAGUGAUUCCUAGUUCCAGAAUAAAUAUUUAUUUAAAGAAGAUUUCAGUUUUGAAGUUAUACUUUAAAGUAGCCUCUCCGGAAUCAUGAUAGUGUUUGAGGAUUCUUAAAACAUGUAAUAUACUGGUUUAUACAAAAUUAGACUAUGAAACAAAAAAAAAACAUUGUCUAAUCAACACAAUCUCAUCGUAACAUCAACAAAGACACCGUGACCAUCAGUCUCAAAAGUGUCUUGUCAUCUGGCACUUAACCCUUAAAGUGCUGAGCUGUUUUUACAAUGAAUGCAUACAAAAUGAAAUUACAAUUUUGAUGUUUGGGGGGCUAAACUAUCGCGUGCAUCUUAAGGGUUAAACAAAGCGUUACAAUCUGAAUCAAUACGUCACGGAUAGCGAUGUGUGUGUACGUGUAGUCUAAGUUUACUGAAUACGUUUGUUGGGAUGGGUAAGGGUGACUGGCAGUGUGUUAAAGAUUACAUAGUGUGUAGAAAGUGUGUAAUGUCAGACAUAGGAAAUAAAGAAAAUAAAGUGGGAAUGAGUGUGUUGAACAUUUACACUAAGAGUUCAUGAGUUUUCCCACCAAAGUCUCAGACUUAGACUUGGAUUGAAAUAACACUUUGAUACCCGUAAGAAGAGAUUAUCUGAAGACACCGCAGUUUAUAAGAAGAAUAACUCGGUGAAUAGUUUUUUUGGUCGAUUUCAUAGAGCUACAGCCGAACUCGUGGACGACGGUCAGUGGCGUAGCAAGGGAUAUGGGAGCCCUGUGGGGGGCUUGGCCUCUUAGGGGCCCCUGCAUUUUGACAUUCGACAUCAUGACAUAAGAUAACUUACUUAAUAAAUAUGUAAGUCUAAUGUGUGGGGUUCGGACACUCCAACGUUUGGCCCCCCCCCCUCUCAAGUGGGAGCCAGUGGGAUUUUUAAAUUCGGACCCCGACCCUAGCUACACCACUGACGAUAGUGGUGAAAAAAAAAACAGUCUAGAUGAUUAUAAUACUAGAUUUAGAUAAGCUGUACUAAUAUAUUUAAUUUUUUUGUUUUUAGAUCUACUCUAAUAUAAUAAAAUGCAUAAAUUAUGUUCACUCCCA